AUGGCGGACACAAACAAUACUAGUGUGUAUAUUAAUGGUGACUGGAUCAACGAGUCUGCUUCUUAUUUCAUAAGCGUAAUUGUUUUACAACUUUCAAUCAAAGUCCCCGCAAGAGUGUUUGGAAUGGUCACUAACAUUAUGGCACUGGUCACGUUUUGCAGAAGUGGUCUGAGCGAUGGUAUAUCUGUUUGCUUCAUGGCCUUGACCUUGUCCGAUAAACUGUGCCUUCUCUCGAAUCUCCUGGCUUCCAUAUUGGGAUAUUUAGACCUAGAAGUCCGUGUCAAACCUUACAUAGACCUGUACUACGUCAGCUACAUCUUUCCAUUCUACGGUCUCCUGUUCUACAACAUCUCCACAUCAAUCACAGUGUUUCUAGCUAUACAAAAAUGUUGCUGUAUUUCUUUACCUUGGAACUUCAAAAGUUACUUUUCAAAACGUCGCUGUGUGGCUGCAGUCUGUUGUAUCUAUCUGUCAGGUUUUAUUUUGUACGUUCCGUUUACAGCUACAGCGUUCCCUUUCGUGGAAGCCUUUGAUUUGACCACGAACUCGACCAGACUGACCUUUGCAUGGUCAGCAGUUUACUUACAAGACGUUUUCCCCGUGCUCAAAGCUAUCAACUACAUCUCUAUACCUUUUAUAGCUGAAAUCCUUGUGUUGAUAAGCACUGUUGUAUUAGCCACUAAACUGAAAGAAUCGGUCAAGUUUCGUGACUCGAUGUCCGGAAAGACAAUUACAACUCGAAACUCAGGCAAUUGUUAUUGUUCGCCGAGUCUUCUAAUUCACUCCCCUGAAACAUCCAAUUUCUCAACGCAUUCGGUGGCCCAAAAAUAUAAGAUUAAAAACUACAAGGCGCAGCCAAUGACAACCAAGGAGUUGAGAGCAACUCAAGCUGUGAACGUCGUCGCCAUUUUGUUCGUUGCCAGCAACUCUCCGGACGUCAUUGUGUACUUGGCGUCACUUCUGUCACCGAAAUUCUCAGCUUUUGGUCUUUAUCACAACACUUUUAAAUUGUGCAUUGAACUUCAGGAUCUUCUUCACGUCUGUAACCUAUCAGUGAAUUUGUUUAUUUACUUAAAGUUCAACACUAAGUUCUAUAAAACUUUCAAGGCCUUGAUUCUUCAGAGUGGUUAA